AUGGUGGAGCCCAGUCUGGUCGUCUCGCCGACGACACGCUCGUCAGGGCCGUACUACACUGGCCGGAAACGCAGUGUCGUAUCUUCUGAUCAUUCUCCUCGCGGAGGUGAAGACGUCCAGGGCAUUCGGAAGCUCCGCAAGGUCAGUAGGGCCUGCGACUUCUGCAAGUCCAGAAAAGCCAAGUGUAGCGGCGAUCAGCCGUGUGCAAAGUGCGUAGCCAAAGAUCGCGUGUGCUUGUAUGAUGCAAAGUAUACGCGCGGGCGACCACCGACGCCACCACAGUCGGACGCUCACUCGCGACUCUCAUACGAGCCCGGUGUCCCGUCCCAGGAAGAAGACAUUGGAUUUGAGACCAUUUCUGAUCCCAGUCAAUCGCGCACGGAACCGCAGGACGACAUGUCCGGCCCGUAUUUGCGGUCUCACGAUACAGCGCCAUCACGGGCAUCGCCAGAACUGAGCAUGGCCAUGGAGAUACAGGGUCAGGUUUUCGACCCAACCUCUGGCCUUACCUUUUUGCACCGAGCCUGGAAACGGCUAUCAGCCCAGAACAGUAACAAGCCAUCUGAUGUUGCGAAAUCGUCCGCAGAGAACCAGCCACUGUACAUGGCCGGCGAUAAGCCUCUGCCAGAGAUUGACGAGCAUUUUCCAAUACCUUUACCGAGUCCAAGUGAUGGGAGGAAAUUACUUUCUCUUUACUUUGACGUCUGCAUCGCAACCUAUCGCAUUUUGCAUCGUCCAACGGUAGAAAGCUGGCUUAGCACCAUCGAGAAGAACAUCCAAGAGAAGCAACCAGUAUGGCGCGAAAUUGGUCGCGCGAGGGCAGCAAUUGUCCUCGUCGCGCUUGCAGUUGCCACCCUACAUCAAGCAAAGUCCAAAGGCCUCUUGUCGGCAGAUGACGAUGCUCAGGCGUUGCGAGCAAGCGACGAACUCUUCGUCAUCUCAGCUCGCCUUGCCGACGAAGAGUCGGGAUAUCCCAAGUUGGAAUCGGCACAGGCGAGGCUUGUACACGUUCUGUAUCUUCUCACCACAUCCCGUUUCAAUCGCAGCUGGUAUGUGUUUGGAAAUGCUUUGCAACUUAUAUCCGCCCUCGGGUUUCAUCGUCGCGCCAGCGCCAAAAGACGGCGGAUCUCUCACACCGACUACAUCCACACACAGUGCUGUAUUAGGACAUUUUGGACUGCCUACGUCCUGGACAAUUACUUGGGAGUUGUUUUUGGACGGCCUCGGCAUUUUCAUGAUGAAGACAUUGAUCAAGAAUUUCCCGAUCGAGUCAAUGACGAGGAGAUGACUACCAUGGGGCCAGGCGGGGGCCCAGAAAAUCCUGAGGAUUGUCAUAUUGAUGCAUUGAUAUUCCACGCCAGAAUUGCUCAAAUUAUUGGUUGUAUUUCACGAGAAGUCUACACGCUGAGAGACAUCACCAACCAAGAGCGUGUAGCCGCCGCUCACAAAUUAAAUCAACGUGUCCAUGACUGGCACGCAAGCCUGCCCUUGCACCUUGGAUCCAUUCGCCCUUCCAUGCUCAUUACAAGCUAUCGGAGACAAGCUACCGUCCUCAAGCUUGCUCAUUCUCACGCCAUCAUGCACGCCAAUCGAUUGUUCCUCUUGGGCACUUCCACGACGACCUAUGAGAACCAGGUAAACGAAUGCAUGGGAGCCGCAAAAGCAGUCCUCGAAACUGUCGAUUACAUGGCUCAGGAGGGUCCGAUAUUUCAUGCCUUUUGGUGGACACAUUACGUGACGUUUUGCGCACUUGUUGUCACCUACGUCUGGGAGAUUCAGCAGCGACGAACGGGCCGGUUGAUUGGGAAGCAAAACAGAGCGAAGCUCAUUGAGCUGGCUGAGAGAUGUCAGACUCACCUUGCUCGCGCCACUGCAUCAAACUCUCCCAGUCGCAGAUACGCCGUGAUUCUUGAGGAAUUCCGUACGGCGGCAAAGAAUCCCUCGACGCGUCCUGUAACCACGGCAGAUCCAGACCAGCCAGGACCGAUGCCAGCUCCCGGUCAAUCCAACGGCUUAGAGAAUCACGGUACGCUAGAUGCGAGUAGCACAAUUGCAGGAGAUCUUGGGCAAGUAUAUCAGGAUGAUUCCACCCUUGUUUAUGAUCCUCGUCUGCUCGAUGAGUGGCAGACUGCAGAUUGGUUAGACCUUGAUUCUUCGGCGUUUUGGCCUCAUGUGGAAAUUGAUGAGACGAUGAUCUGGUCGACGAUGACCUGAAUUGAGCACUGUAACACUGGGGUUUUGAACCGCGAUUAAGUCUAUUGUACUAUGAAGCUAUGACUGUCUAUUUUCCAAACUUUUCUAGGUUCUCGGCACCCGUCUCUCGUGCCACUCUCUUCACUUCAUCUUCGCCGAGCUCUUGGAAGAUGUCGUAUCCCCAUCG